UUUGACAAGAGAUAAUGAGAAUUGAGAAUGAGACUCAACAUUCACUUUUCAAAGGAUAAGUUUCUCAAACUAUAUGAAACAUUUUAGUGCUUAGAUUUCCACGCAUUAACCCUUCAUUCUUUAAAAUGUAAAAGAAUUUAUCAGUUGACAAACGAGUGCACAGCAUCAUUUUUAUCGCUCCCAUCCUCAGGAUUCAGAACCCUUCACUUUGUCAAAGAUGUCUAAGGAUGAGUCUGAUGUUGAGCGGCAAUUCCGGGAAGAUUUGGAGAAAGCCCAAGCGUUGAGCCUAGAAAGUCUGGCUUUGGAAAACUUUCGCAAGCAGAAACAGCAACAACAACUAUCAUAUUUAACAAAAAAAGCUCAAGACCCUAGCAUAAAAGGAACCUCGAGCAAAAAUGUUAUUUAUCCACAAAUACCUUCUUUUACCAAUGAGCUAACAGGGGGAAAAAAUCAAGCUCUGAGGAUGUCAACAAUUGAAAGAAACCCUGGAGUUCAACUGAGCCCUGUUACUCAGAUGAACUCGGAUGUUCCUCGAAUAAAGCCACCACCUCCCGUAGCAAGAAGAAGUAGCUCGGUCAGCUCUCAUUCUAUUUCUGCAUCAAUUGAAUCUAAUGAUUUAAUAUCAUUCAACAGUCCUGAUCCCUUUAGUAAGAGGAAAUCUGAUUUGGAUGAUUUGAGUGGCCUCUCUCUUAGCAAUAAUGACUGUGAUAGUGCUGAUGGCAGACGUAACUCGGCAGUCUCAAAUCAGAAUGUCUCAUUAGCUUCAUCCUCUCAAAGUUUUGAAUCCAGAGGAGAAAUAGGUUUUCGUAAAGAACUGAAUUUUAGUCCCAUUGGAUUCAACCACAGUGACUUGUCAUCGCCACUUUCUUCAACCAGUCUAGUGCCUUCAUACAUGAGCACACCUUCCUCUGCAACCAUUAGUUUCUGUUAUCCAAAUUUCUUUCUUCCAUCAGCCUCCUCUGAUCCACUUAAAAGGCCAAUCGGAUUUACAUAUCCUUGUUCCUCUAGUAACACUUCAAUUAGUCCCAACAGUAGUAGCUAUCUCAAUUUUAACUCAACACCAAGCUCAAGCAGUAGUCACUUUCCUACUUUGAGUGCGGCUCCGAAACAAGUUUUUGCAAACUCGAUACCUCCUAGUACCAGCAGCUUCUGUGGGCAACCCAUGAUUGGUCCUCCUGUGUCAUCCUCUGAUUUAUCUGUAUUGAAAGUUGUUGAAAAGCGUCCAAAUAGUAACCUAAUCGACUUAACACCCUUUGACGUGUCUGGCUCCGAGAAAGAUCCUUCACGGGUGAAAGUGAGCAUCUUAGAAGCUUUCGAUCCACUUCUGUCAUCGUGCCCUGGGACUUCCACUGUUCCUGAACAUAGUGAAAAUAUUGUGCAAGAUGAUGUCAAAAGUGAAUCAUCAGGAAGUUUUUAUGAUGCUUACGAUCAUUUUGAAUACUUGUACUCACCAGUAAUUCAUAAUAAGUCUUGCUCAUCCGAUCCAAUUUACGCCUCACCUGCUCCAAAAAAUAAGUCUAUUCCUAACUCGCCAUUAGCCUCACCCGCUCCGCCUUUACCAGUGCGUGCGCUGAAUGAUGAGUUUAACUCAGUCGCCAGUCCCACCCGGAAGUUAGGUUCAAAUGGAAACAGCCCCAAGCAAAAUACGAGCUCAAACCUGUAUGAAAAUAUUGGAUUAGUUAAAAGGAAGUCUGCUGUCCAUGAUGCCGAUUUGGUAGCUUUCCAUGCACUAGUGAAAAGUUUGCGAAGUGAAUUUGUUCACUCGGACUUUUGCUCUAAUGCUGGACUUGUGAUGAGCUCUUUAAUUGAAAGUUCAUAUGAAAGUGGCACUAGUAUUAAACUAGUUGUUUAUUGUCAGUCAGUUCGGGAGGCCCCUGUUACUUUUACUUGUGAUGUGACAAGUUCAAUUGAGCAUGUCACAAUGCACGUUCUGUGUGAGCUGGACGCUGGAAAAGCUGAAGAUUUUGUACUCAAAGUAUAUGGUCUAGCAGAGUACUUCUCUGUGGACACAUCUCUAGCAGAUUAUGAAUUUAUCCACAAUUGUAUAAAACUUGAAAAGGACGUUGUGUUAAGCCUCGUGCCUCUUUGCCAAUUAGACAGGCCUCUUGCUCGAACGUCUCAAGAUGAUGAACGGGAUUCAACUCUGACAUUAGAUGACCUUUUACCAAAAGAGCCUGUACAACCUAUUUCCCAUGAGUCUCUUCAAAUAUUAUUAGAAACCCUUGACAAAGAGAUGAGCAAAUUGGAGAAAAGUGCAGUAGAAUUGAGUUUCAGUCAAAAUUCCACAAAUACCCAGUUACACCCUCGAAGAGUCAUUCAAGCAGUGAAGGCAAUUUGUGCCUUGUUGGGAAAUUUAGAACCUCUAGAGAUGACUUUUGCCUUGGAUCAAUUCGUCAACACUUGUUCCCAGUGUUCAUCUAGCUCACAGACACAUGAAGAUAUUGGAUGGACCCGACCUGAAAUUAUAAGAGAUGAUGGCGAUUAUUCAGUAGUCAAAUUGAAGAAUAAUUUAAUCGAUUCCAUUUCUAGUAAUUGUGAACGCAUCAGAGUUUGCGUUCACUCUCUUAUUGAUGUUUAUUGUAGAACUUUUAGGGUGGAUUUCCAAGUCAACACUGUUUUGACACCUUGCUCAAGUCGUAAACCAUCUUCACAGGUGCUGGACUCUGUCCUGGUUCACGUUGGUGCACUUCAUCGAUUAAAUCCUGCUUGGAAUUAUGAUGAAUAUUUACUUGCUGGACAAAUAUACCAUGGUACUAGACCAAUUACCAAUCCAGUACUCUCCAAGCCUGUUGCGCCAUCUGAAUCUUUAUACAAGCGAUUGGUUUUCGACUUUUGGUUGAAUUUUGAAGGAACGAGUGUUUGUGUUUUACCAAGAGAAAGUCGCCUAGUAAUUGUCAUUUAUGGACGCACCCUGCAGUCAGAUAACGAUCUAAACGCAGAACCAACAGUUGGAGAGCACGAAGUCAAACAAAUAGAGCUAGGCUGGGUAGCUAUUCAGUUUUUUGACUGUGAAAGUCGCAUGGCACAGGGUUGUUACUUACUUUGUGUCUGGCCACCAGCUGCAGACAGAAGACUCGGCCCAGCUCCAGGGGCAGGGACACACCCAUUCGGGGAUGUUUACCCAAUCAUUGGCAUCGAGUUACCCGACUAUGGUGCCAACAUUGUUUUUCCAGAGCUCCCAGAGAUACCUUUAAUCAACCCUAGUGAUUUUGAUUUCCAAAGUUUAGACUUCAACACCCAGCAACAGUUAACUGUGAUCGAACAAGAUAUAUUCACUCGACCCUCGGUGGAAGAUCGGGAAGUUUUGUGGGAAAAAAGACAUUAUCUUCUCUCAAAACCUAGAGCACUACCAAAGGUAUUUUUAGCAGCUCACAGUUGGGAUUACGCGUGUAUAACAGACUUGCUAUCAUUGCUCAAUUCUUGGGCCACGCUUGAGCCCGUCGAAGCAUUACAACUUUUACUCCCUUGUUUUGCAAAUAACGAGGUUAGGAACAAAGCUGUCUCGUGGAUUGAUCCGAUGUGCACUGAUGAACUAAUCGAUUAUCUGCCGCAGUUGGUGCAAGCAUUGAAACACGAAACGUACGAAAAAUCACAUUUAGCGAAGCUCCUGUUGAAAAAGUCGCUCAUGUCGCCAAGAUUUGCACAUCAUUUAUACUGGCUGUUGACGCAAGCUCUUCCUGGUCAAAGUCCACAAAACUCCGGUGAUAAUCCAACAGACGAAGGAAGCAUUUGCAAUGCUAGGUAUCACAGAAGGCUGCAGCUAAUGCUGAGGGCGCUUCUUGCUGUUGCGGGUGAAGCAUUGCGCAAGAGGUUCAUGUCACAGCAGCUCCUCGUGAAAAACUUAUAUGAUGCAGCAGAGAAUAUUAAAAUUACCAAAGAAUCAUUUAGACUGAAAACUUUGCUGCAAGAUUUAGAGUAUAUCCAUCAUUCGCUGGAAGAGGCACCAACUUGUCUUCCAUUGAGUCCUAGUUUAGAGGUUUGCGGUAUACAAAUCAACUCAUGCUCAUACUUUCCUUCAAAUACGCUUCCCUUAAAAAUCAACUUCCUCAGCUGCGAAGAUAACCUCAGCACCAUUCCUGCCAUUUUUAAAGUAGGCGAUGAUUUGCAGCAAGACAUGCUCACAAUUCAAAUGAUUAGAAUCAUGGAUAAACUGUGGUUGAAAGAGGGACUAGAUUUGAAGAUAGUUACAUUUGAGUGUGUCCCAACUGGUUCCAAAAGAGGGAUGAUUGAAAUGGUAACAGAAGCCGACACCCUACGAAAAAUUCAAGUAGAAUUUGGCCUGACAGGUUCAUUUAAAGACAAGCCGAUAGCGGAAUGGCUCGCUAAACACAAUCCGUCCACUUUAGAGUAUGAGAGGGCUGUACAAAAUUUUACUGCCUCAUGUGCUGGAUACAGUGUUGCAACAUAUAUUCUAGGAAUUUGUGACAGGCACAAUGACAACAUUAUGUUGAAAACUUCAGGGCAUCUCUUCCACAUUGACUUUGGAAAAUUUUUGGGAGAUGCUCAGAUGUUUGGCAAUUUUAAGCGUGACCGAACUCCAUUUGUUUUGACGUCUGAUAUGGCGUAUGUGAUUAAUGGUGGAGAUAAACCAACUGUAAAAUUCCACCAUUUUGUUGAUCUUUGUUGUCAAGCAUUCAACAUCAUUCGCAAGCACAAUAACCACAUUCUGACCCUUUUUGGAUUGAUGGCAUCUUCCGGAAUACCUGGUGUAACAAUGGAUGCUGUGCAGUACGUUCAAAAGGCUCUACUACCACAGCUUUCAAACCCUGAAGCUGCAGCAGCUUUUGCAAAAAUGAUUGAAAGCUCUCUCAAAUCGUGGUUCACUCAAUUCAACUUUUUUUUACACAAUUUGGCUCAACUGCGAUUCUCUGGUGAUCAUAAUGGCGGGGAGUUGCUGAGCUUCAUUCCUCGUGUCUAUACUCUGGCACAGGAUGGUCGUAUCCAGAGUGUGAGGCUUUAUGGCUACCAGAAGCGUUAUGAUCCUGAGAAAUACUAUGUCUAUAUUUUGAAAGUCGAGCGUGUGAAUCAGCCCGAUCCAACGUUCCUAUUCAGAUCAUACAAGGAAUUUUGCGAGUUUCAGCAGAAAUUGUGUAUCCAUUUUCCACUGGCCCGAUGCUAUAGCCUCCAGAGCUCUAGUUUGCACGUUGGCAGGUCUAAUAUAAAGCAAGUUGCUGAAAAAAGGUGUCAUGAUAUUAAGAAGUUCCUCGUUUCGCUAUUUGAAAUGGCAGAUGAAAUUUGCCAUUCCGAUCUCGUCUAUACAUUCUUCCAUCCAGUUUUGAGGGAUCAACAAGAAGCUAGUAUCCAUGACACAAAAUUGAAAGGAAACAAAAAACGAGCUACUAACAGUGAGUUGAGCCGAGUUCGAGGCUCUCUUAAACUGUCUAUGCAAUAUCAACGAGGGAUUUUUGUUGUGAUGGUUCAUCACAUUAAGGAGCUGUCUGCGCUUCCAACUGGUCAAGAACCCUCAACUUAUGUCAAAGUCUAUCUUUUACCUGAUCCCUCCAAAAUGACAAAAAGAAAAACCAAAGUUGUUCGAAAGAACUGUCAUCCAUCGUUUAUGGAAAUGUUGGAGUAUCGAAUGCCAAUAGAGAUGAUUCAGACUAGAGUGUUACAAGCAACUGUUUGGAACCAUGACACUCUGCAAGAAAAUGAAUUCCUCGGUGGCGUUACGAUUCCCCUUCAGAACCUGGACCUUAGCAAAGAAACUGUCUCUUGGCACACCUUAGGAAACAUUCUCAGAUAAGUCUGCUAGCUUUGUAUUGCUGGUGAAAUUUUAAGACUAAUCGUCUAUUUUUAAAAUCUGUUUUAUCUUUUACACUGUUCUUAUUUUCUACCUCUUUUAUUAUCUGAAAAAAUUUUAUGCUUACAAGGGGAAUUCUGUCACUAGUCCAAAAAAUUUCAAAUUAAGGGCUUUUUCAAAAUUUGAAAUUUUUUCUUUCUUUCUCUCUUUUUUUCCUCAUAAGAGUUACAAUUUCCUUUUAUAUUUAUUGUUACAUCAUAAUAUUGUGUCCAUCUUAAUCUAACUUACAAGGCCCAUGGCUAAUGUGUAAUUUUCAGUGCAAAGAAAUGUGACGCGACUUAGGAAAACCAUCUUAAUAAUUUUAGUCCUCAGCAGUGCAUUCUGCACUGAGACAAUUUUUUUUAUGAUUCUAUAUUUUUACAUUUGCUGAGGUUUCUUGUUUUAGCAAAAUGUACUUAAUGCACUGACAGCUCUGCAGAAGUUAAGACGAGUGUAAAUGUGUCUAUGUGUUCAUUCGUACCCUGUUAAACUCAUGAGAAGAUAUUUUAUCCAUGUAUCGCAAUACUUGCACGGUUUUAAAGAAGAUGUUUUCUUUACUUCUAUUCGUAUCUAAAACCUCUCAAAUCAUUC